AUGCUGGGGAAGGAUCGUCUUCUCGCGCUCCUCCUGGGGUACUGCUGGGUGAGAGGCGAGGUGGAGCAAGACAGCGAGGAGGAGGAGGAGGACAUGGAGGAGGUCGACGAGGAGGGAGACGACGGGGCAGAGAACGAGGAGGACGAGGACGACGUCCUUCCCCUGCAGGACGUGGACAGCGACGAUGGUGAAGGAGGACACCUGGACAAGAAUGUCAGCCUCGAGAGAGAAUUCCAGCUGGGAAGGCACCUGGGAAAGCGCAAGGCAGGGGUCUCCUUCGGGCUUUCAGCCCAGCCCAGCAGGAGGCGAGCUGGAGCGGCGAGCAAGCGCAUCGUCCCGAAUCAGCAGAUGGACGACAUAGCGGACGACAUCUGGAAGGAGCUCGCGCCGAGGAAGAGGAAGAGGAGGAGGAAGCGAAGGGGGCUGGCCCGAGGAGGUUCCAGGAUGCCGCAGGAGGUGAAGGACAAGCUGGGGCAGGCGACCAUGAAGUACGCCUUCGGGGAGUUCGAGGCAGCGAUCGAGCUCUCUAAGGAGAUCAUUCGCAUCCUCCCGCACUCCGAUGUCUUUGCCCUGCUGGGGUCGAUCUACGAGGCCAAGAACGAGCUGUCCAGCGCCCUCAGCUGCAUCGUCAUCGCCGCCCUGCUCAACCCCAAGGACAUCAGCCUGUGGAAUCGAGCGGCGAGCAUGUCGAGAGACCUUGGCAACAUCCCUCAAGCGAUUUAUGCUCUCAACCGUGCCAUCAAGGCGGAUCCUGCUCCCGAGCUGCUGUGGGACAAGGCGUCCCUGCUGGUGGAGGUGGGCCAGACCAAGAGAGCCAUCGACGUGCUGCACACCCUCCUUAAGAAGCUGCCGGCGGAGGAGUACGUGAAGAUCUCGGAAGUGUCAAAGGAGCUCUCGCGCCUCCUCCACCAGUACGGGGACUCGCAGGCUGCUGUCAAGGUGCUGGAGAGCUGGCUGGACAUAAGGGAGAAGAGGAGGAUGCCGGAUGACCGGCCCCGAACUUUCAUGGAGUUCGAGCUGGACUGCGUGAACAUGCUGACCGAGUGCUUCUUGAUGCUGAAGCAGUCGGAGAAAGCUCUGAAGCUGCUGGGGAAGGUGAGAAGCUACCAGCCCAACGGGGACAUGCCGGUAGACCUCGUGGUGAGGGAGGGGAUAGCUCUGCUCCAGCUGGGCAGGGUGAGGAUGGCAGAGGAAUGCUUCCAGACGCUGUGGGCAUACUCGAUCGACGCCUGUGGGGACCUCUACCUUGACGUUGCUGAAUCCUACCGUCAGGCGGGCAUGACCUCGAGCGAGAUGCAUCACCGGGCUCAACUUCUAGAGGCUGUCAGGAUCUACAAGCAGCUGACAGCCACUGAGAUCCCUUCCUUGUUCAGGCAGGCAGACGAAGACAUUGUUCAUUGGAACCAGGAGACUUUCUAUAACCUCGGUCGAGCCUUCCAUCAGCUUUCCCUCUACUCCUUCGCCAUCCCCUGCUACGAGCAGGUUUUUGAGCAUGGGGCCGCCAAUGGCUGCUCUGAUUGA